UCACCGCCAGUGCUCUGCUCUCUGAUUCAGGGGGAACAGUGGACUAAUCCUACUACAAAAUAAUUCUCCUCUAUCACAAACUUGAAGUUCGACCUAUUGCUGAGUCAAACUCAUUUAUCCUGUUUAUUUUGUUGCAGUUCUGUGGUGUAAUUGUUACCAGCAUUUUGUUCAUGAAUUCUUGGUAUGUGAUUUAAUGAAUAGAAAGCGAAAGUAAAACAACAACGUGGCCUUAUUUUAACGGUGCGUCCAUUGACUUUACAUGUCAGAGAUAGUUUCUGAUUCAAAAAGCAACAAGUGAAACAUUUUGGAUGUAAAAAACUCCCACUGCUUUGUAGGUGAAAUGCCUGAGCGGAAGAAGAAGCGUCUUCCCCUCACAGGGCCUCACAGCUCUUCCCCUGUGACAUCUGACAGGUCAUCCUAUCAGAAGAUCAGUUCCUGUAUCGAGCCGUCAGUCAGUUCACAGAUGAGAGCGGAUGGAUCCACGAGUCCCAGCAUUCUCUCCAUGAAGAGUGAUGGAUCCAUGGGCAUGCCAAUGAACUUUGGCAACAAGAACCCUGAACGCUCAGACUGGGACCAGUCUGAUUCACCAGCAGCCGAACCCUGCCAGAAGAAACCCAGACAAGAUCCUGAAUAUCAGAGAGAUGACACUGGGUACACACGUCUUUUGAAAGCAAAGAAGAAACUUAAAGAAGCAAUGAAAAAGAAAUGUACUUCAAUAUCUGAAGGUAAUGGUGACCAACAGAGUUCGCUGAACAAAAUCUACACAGAACUCUACAUCACCACUGGGGAAAGUGAAGGGCCACAAGCAGAGCAUGAGUUCAGACACCUCGAACGUAAAAAAACACAAGCAUCUCCUGAAGGUACAGUCAGCCUCAGCAACAUCUUCAAACCUUUGCCUGGCCAAGAGAAACGCCACAGAACAGUACUAACGAAGGGAAGUGCAGGCAUUGGAAAAUCAUUUUCUGUGCAGAAAUUCAUUCUUGACUGGGCCGAGGAGAAAGAAAACCAGGAUACUCAGUUUGUUUUCUGUCUUCCUUUCAAAGAGAUGAAUUUGAGCACAGAUACAAAAAGCUUGGACAAGCUGCUGACUGAAUUCCACCCUGCACUCCACAGUUUGAACGGUUCAACUGAUUACAUCAAUACCAAGGUUUUAGUGAUCCUGGACGGCCUGGAUGAAAGCAGACUUCAACUGGACUUUGAGAACAAUAAGAGGGUAACGUCUGUCACUGAAGUUACGCCUCUUAAUAACCUCCUAUCAAACCUGAUCCAGGGUAACCUUCUUCCUAAUGCAAAACUCUGGAUAACUUCUCGUACAGCAGCAGCCAAUCAGAUCCCUGCAAAGUAUGUCGACAUGGUGACAGAGAUAAGAGGUUUCAAUGAAUCACAAAAAGAGGAGUACUUCAGGAAGAGAUUUAGUGAUGACUUGACUCUUGCUGACAGAAUCAUUUCACAUAUCCAGUCUUCAGUGAGUCUCGACAUCAUGUGCCAGAUCCCGAUCUUCUGCUGGAUUUCUUCUGUGUUAUUCCAGGAUGUUUUCAGUGGAGAUGGCAAAGCUGAAACUCCUAAAACUCUGACAGAGAUGAUGGCAUAUUUUCUGUUUGUUCAGACAAAACGCAGAAGCAGAAAAUAUGACCAGGAGACUGAGAAAAAUGAAAAGAAUCUUCUGAAGACACACAGAGAAUUUCUCCUGAAACUUGGCAAACUGGCAUUUGUUCAUCUGCUGAAGAACAACCUCAUCUUCUAUGAGGAAGACCUGGAAAACUGUGGCAUCAACAUAAAAGAAGCGUCUAUCCACUCUGGAUUUUGCACCACAGUUCUUAGGGAAGAAGAACUCUUUUCUCAGAGAAAGGUUUUCUUCUUUGUUCAUCUGACCAUACAGGAGUUCUUUGCAGCUCUCUAUGUCUAUGACUGUUUCACAAACAAGAAUACAACAGAGCUCAGCAACUUCCUUGGUGUGAAAGAGAAAAAAUAUACUUUACUUGAUCUGCUAAAGAUGACA